AUUCACAUUCAUUUCUUUAUCAAAAAGAAUUUACAUUCAUUUCAUUAUUCAUAUACUCAUGGGGAAAGAGUUAUCCGCUACUCCAGCCGCUACUUACCGGAGCUCCGAUGAGGUCAGUUUUGCUGACACAGUUUUUGGAUUUUGGGAGGAAUUCCAAGAUUCAUCCGAAAAUUCAUCAAAUUCCGGUAAUGAUGAGGAAAUCGACGAUGAAGAAGAUGAGGAUAGCGUUUGCACUAUUGAAAAAAAUAAAGCUUUCUGGGAGGAACAAGACCAACUUCUCAAGGCAACUUUGUGUAGAACUAGCUCAGGUGAGACAAAGGUUAGGCAAGCUACAAAGGAGGCUAUGAGAGAAAUAAACAUGUCUGAGAUGCUAUGCUUGUGCCGGCAACCGGUGGUGAGCUGCCGGAAAUGUUUGCUUACAGAAAUAUGCGAUCGAUUAGUGAAUCUUGGCUUCAAUUCCGCAAUUUGCAAAUCUAAAUGGAAGAGUUCAUCCGAGAUUCCAUCAGGGGAGCAUACAUACUUGGAAGUGACAGAAAAUUCAUCAAAAGCUAAAGGUGGUGUGAUAAAAGUGAUUAUUGAAUUAAACUUUCGAGGUGAAUUUGAGAUGGCCCGUGGUAAUGAAGAAUACAAUCAACUAGUGAAGCGAUUACCAGAAAUAUUUGUUGGAAAAGCUGAAAGAUUAAGAGUAUUGGUUAAGAUAAUGUGUUCAGCUGCUAAAAAAUGCAUGAAGGAGAAGAAAUUGCAUUUAGGACCAUGGAGGAAACAAAAGUAUAUGCAAGCUAAAUGGAAUGGAAAAUGUGAUAAAAUUUUGGAACCAUUGCCUAUAGUGUACUCCACUAGGUCAACAAAACCUAAGGCUUCAUUGCUCACUUUUGAUUUAAUGAUAGAAAACAUCGUGGGACGUCACUGUACUGCAGUUGAAGUUGUCUGAAUGAGGUGUUUUAUGUUUUUGAAAAGAUUUGAAUGAGAUUUUGAGAAAUCGUAUUUAGUUUUAGUGUCAUAGUACUAUGUGACUAUGUUCAAUUUUUGUAAAAAUUAUAGUAAAGCUAAUAUAUUUGAGGAUUGUGAUUUCAGUUGAACA